AUGUUCCCUUCCUCUUGCCUGUACUUCCCUGUCGACCUUCUCUGGCCUCCCGCCUCCCCGCGCAGUGGGGGUUUCGUCGCCAUCGGCGCCAGCGCGCCUCCCACCUCCCCGUGCAGUGGGGGAUUCGUCACCAUCGGCGCCAGCGCGCCUCCCGCUUCCCCGCGCAGUGGGGGAUUCGUCGCCAUCGGCGCCAGCGCGCCUCCCCCCUCCCCGCGCAGUGGGGGAUUCGUCGCCAUCGGCGCCAGCGCGCCUCCCGCCUCCCCGCGCAGUGGGGGAUUCGUCGCCAUCGGCGCCAGCGCGCCUCCCGCCUCCCCGCGCAGUGGGGGAUUCGUCGCCAUCGGCGCCAGCGCGCCUCCCGCCUCCCCGCGCAGUGGGGAAUUCGUCGCCCUCGGCGCCAGCGCGCCUCCCGCCUCCCCGCGCAGUGGGAGAUUCGUCGCCGUCGACGCCAGCGCGCCUCCCGCCUCCCCGCGCAGUGGGGGAUUCGUUGCCAUUAGCGCCAGCGCGCCUCCCGCCUCCCCGCGCAGUGGGGGAUUCGUCGCCGUCGACGCCAGCGCGCCUCCCGCCUCCCCGCGCAGUAGGGGAUUCGUCGCCAUCGGCGCCAGCGCGCCUCCCGCCUCCCCGCGCAGUGGGGGAUUUGUUGCCCUCAGCGCCAGCGCGCCUCCCGCCUCCCCGCGCAGUGGGGGAUUCGUCGCCGUCGACGCCAGCGCGCCUCCCGCCUCCCCGCGCAGUAGGGGAUUCGUCGCCAUCGGCGCCAGCGCGCCUCCCGCCUCCCCGCGCAGUGGGGGAUUCGUCGCCAUCGGCGCCAGUGCGCCUCCCGCCUCCCCGCGCAGUGGGGGAUUCGUCGCCAUCGGCGCCAGCGCGCCUCCCGCCUCCCCGCGCAGUGGGGGAUCCGUCGAGCUCUUCUUCGCCGUUAUCACUCGGCGCAUCCAUGUCCACAUCAUCAUCAUGGUGACGCUCGUCUCCCUUUCCGCGCCGGCCUCCUGCCAGAUCCCACGGAUCGCUGGUGGCAGGCCGCCUUCCCGGCUCUGA